AUGGGCUCGCAGGGGGAUUGUCAGGCCCCCUGUGGAGUCGGUCCGUACUUCGUUCAUGGGGGCCCCCCCUCCAUGCAGGGAGAAGGUGGUCACGGCCUGUCUAGGGGCCCUCUUACUUCUACCUCAGGGGCUGCCUUUGCCCCUAAGGGCCCUGGGGAGGCCCCCGCAGGGUGGGUACAAAGAGGAGGUGCUGGCGAUGGCGAUGUAGGAGAGCUGCCAGAGGAGGAGGCGGGAGCAGGCUCGCAAGGGGGCAGCAAGGCUGAGGGGCCAGUCCCAUGGGGCCCCUCCGGUCACGGCCUGUCUAGGGGCCCUCUUACUUCUACCUCAGGGGCUGCCUUUGCCCCUAAGGGCCCUGGUGAGGCCCCCGCAGGGUGGGUACAAAGAGGAGGUGCUGGAGAGGGCGAUGUAGGAGAGCUGCCGGAGGACGAGGGGGGAGCAGGCUCGCAAGGGGGCAGCAAGGCUGAGGGGCCAGUCCCUUGGGGCCCCUCUUUCUCAGAAACAGGAGAAACCGAUGCUGCAGGUGGCAGCCGUGCCCCGGAGCUGCCGCUGCAGCUGCAGCUGCCACUGAUGCAGUGCAGGGGAGUCUUCACAACAGCAGAUAGCCCCAUGUGCGGUAGACCCUCACCAAAGGAAAGAUCUCCCUUCUCCACCGAUGCCACCACGGGGUUCUUUUCGGCUGUCACCACAACUGCAGAUGAAGCUCUGCCACUCACCAGCUGCAAUGCAGCAGAAGGGCCCCCAACCGCCCCAGGACCCUGUCCCUCCAAGACCUCUGGGGGUAUCUAUGCUCCAAGCUACUUCUCCUGCCAGCCCUUCGUUGCCCCCACAGAAGGCAGGGGAGGGGGGCCCCCCACACAUACCGCCCCGCGUGCACCCGAGGGGGCCCCCAUGAUGCCCCUCUCUACCAAUCCACAAAUGCAGGAGGCAGAGGUGAAUCUUUCGCAUGGCGAGUUUGCACCUCCGAGCCACGAGGGCCCCUCCGGUGGGCCCUUGCCCCCAACCCUUCCGUACCCUAUUGGGGGGGGCCCCCCACCCGCUGCUGUUCCCGCUACUCUCUUUCAGCCUGCUGACGGUACCCCGAGGAGCCCCGAGAGUUUCUUACAGUUUCGUCCCUUUGUAGAGCAGCCAACUGCUCAGCUAGAGACCUCACUGGGGGAGGAGCUCUUGUCUGUGGCGGGGUACUCCUGUGGCUUCGGCUUCAACGCCGACGCCGCUCUUUCUUCGAAGCAGCAGAUGAAUCAGAAUUCUCCUCUUCUGCCAAAUAGACAACCCAAUGGAAUGAUGCUGCUCCCAGGACACGAUCCAGCAGCAGGGGCACCUAAGGGGGGGGCCCACUUCGGGCCCCCAGGGGCCCCUUGGGCACUCGCCAGCCCACUCACUCUCCACAGACCCAAAGACGACAACAGAACGCGGAAUAUGCCAGACAAAACAGAGCAUAUGGGGCAGGGGGGCCCUGGCAGGGCCCGCGGCGAGGCCGUGGGCCACCGCCCCCCAGCCACGCUUCCUUGGGUCGUUGUGCGUCCGCGAGAAGAUGAAGAGAAAGCCUUGACUCCCCUGGCAGGAAGAGCGUCAGGGUAUAUGCUGCAGGGGCCCCCCAUGGGGUGCGCAUACAUUCCGCAUCAUGCUAACUAA